AUGCCUGAGUUUGAUGAUGUCACUCAGCCUCCUCAUUAUCGACCACAGCUUGACUAUAACCCUGUGUCUGUAAUUGAUAGGUACACGGUAUUGCUUAAAGAUGGUGAGACAACUGCAACAAUUUACCCGAUCCAUCUGAUAAAUGAACUUCCACCUGGCUUGUUGGCAUUUUUAUGUGAUGAGUUCAAUAUGGAGAUCGAGAGGGGAGAUACUUUCCCAUUCUUUGAUACUUUGCACAUCGAGACUUUCCAGAACUAUUGGUUUGGCUCAUUUACUGCAGUGAUGGUGUUGGGUGAUAUGCCCACGCUACAGGGCGCAAGACAGUGGGAAAAGGAAUGCUUAGGGACAUUUUUCGUAAAACCAAAUUAUCCUGGUAGAUGUCUGCAUAUAUGUACCGCUGGGUUCCUUGUGAAUGCAGGUAUUCGAGGGAAGGGUAUUGGUAGAACAUUGGCAGACUGCUACUUACAGUGGGCUCCCAGAUUAGGUUAUACGUAUUCAAUAUUUAACUUGGUAUUUGAAAGUAACGUCGCCGCAAGAAGGAUAUGGGAAUCCCUAAAUUUCAAGAGAAUCGGUAGAGUUAAGUCAGCUGGGAUCUUGAAGGGCCAUGAUACCGCAGUGGACGCGAUAAUAUAUGGCAGGGAAUUAAUUAACUCAUCUGAUCCUGCCAUUGGAGCAUAUAGAUUCGACAAGAUCAAGUUCUACUUGGAGACUGGAAGAUAUCCUGCCAUGGCUGAUAGGCAAGAAAAGUCAAGAUUACGUUCAUCUGCUUCACAUUACAGAUUGGACAAUGGUAGAUUGAUGUUGAAGGGUAGAGAAGUGAUUUCUGAUCCAGUAAAGCAGUUACAAAUAUGCAAUGAAAUUCAUAUGACAAACCAUGGUGGUAUCAAUAAAACUACCGCGGCGAUCACUGAGAAGUAUCAUUGGACCAGAAUUAAAGAUACAGUUGCUACUGCCAUUAAAAUAUGUCCAGAAUGUAGAGAUCCUACGAAGGACCAGCAAGAUCAACAGCAGCAACAGCAACAACAGAUUCCUUCACAUGCCCAACAUCUUUCUCAAUCGCAACAUCUCAGUUCUUUGCAGCAUCUCGAGCAGCGUCCACAUGUAAUAAAAAGAAACAAUAAUUUAUCUCAAGGGGUUAAGAAAUCUGGCCCUAACGGAUCCAGUUUGAUAUCCAAUGGACAUCACUCCGUUCAAAUGAGAAAGACUAAUGGAAGUGGAAAUAGCAAUUCCGCUAAUGUUAAUAACUCCAAUGGUGCCAAUAGUAGCACUAACAGUAAUAAUAACAUUGUUAACUCUGAUAAUAGCGGCUCCGGCAGUGACAAUGGUUCGGGUGGUAAUGAUUCGAAUAAUAAUAAUAAUAAUGACAAUCGUAACAAUAAUACUGAUGGUGGUAACGACAACAAUGACAAUACUGGAAAUAGUACUAACUCAAGAUUCCGCCGUAACGAGCAUGAAGAUGUUGAGGCAAUGGUGGCUGCAGCUCAACUCCAUAAUUUACCAGGAAGACAUGAUACUAAUGAUAGUUUAUUGUCGCAUGAUUUGUCCUUAGAUGACGGUAUUAUUGCGGCUGUUGAAGCUGCUCAAAGAAGCCAACAACAGCAGCAUCCCCAAUCAUCUCACCACUCAGCUCACUUACAGCAACAACUUCUUCAACAUCAUCAUCAUUCUCAGCAUCACCAUAUAUCACACCAAACCCAACCACAACAAACACAGCCUACGUACGCCUCCGUUGCGGCGUCUGCAGCAGGUCAGAAUGGUGGGUAUGGCCAGUUCGACACUGAUUAUAAUCCUGAAGAUUUCACUCAGCAUGUACACCAGUCUCCAAAUAGAAGUGAUAAGAACAAGUCUAACAAUGAUAGCGACAAUGUAAAUAAUAUUCCUGUUGAUCCAGAAGUAUCAGCAUUUGAUGCUCAUGGAGGUGGACAUGAUGAUGGUGGAGAAGAAAUAGAAAUUGCCAGAGCCUUGAUUCAGGCUAAUGAGGUGGAUGGUGAUGGAGGACAAAAUAACGAUGAAAAUGAUAAAUCGAAUAGAGUUGAAGAUGAAGCAAACAUUUUCUUUAAAGAAAACCAGGAGUAA